UCCACAGACACACUCCCUCCCUCCCUGUCUCCCUCCCUCCCUCUCUCCCUCUCUCCCUCCCUCUCUCGGGGACGUGAAGGUCUGCUGCAGAGCCUCCGCUCGGUAAUCAGAUGAGAGAAGCUGAUAAUCCUGAGACCAACUUCCUCUCGUCUGCCGCUAGCUGAGCGCACGGAGACCGAGCUGCUUCAUCCCCAUGGCUGAAACCAAGCCGCCUGUUUCUGAACGCUUUCCCCCGUGCGGCCAUCUUGGCUCUGAUGGGACCAUCCCUGGCGACGAUGACGAUGAUCUCGAGGCCCCAAUUUUACACCUUUCGAAGAGCCUGACGGACGUGGCGACAGACGCUCGAGACGGGGAGGAGGUGGGGAGGUGCAGGCCGGACCUGCGGAAGAGCGCCAGCAGUGCUGUGUGCCCGCAAGGAGACCCCGAAACCCCGUGGACCUCCGAGCGAGCCUACGGGGCCGUCGCAGGCAUGCCGCCCCUGAGGGCCGUGCCCAUGCCCGCGGCUACUGUGAAUCACCUCCGACCCUGCAAGGGGAGGGGUCUGGUUCCCGGUGGCCAACUCCCGCAGACGGCCACUUCCAGCAGGGACCUGAGGGGAGAGCGGCAGGACCAGUCCCUGCAGAGGAGCCACUCGGUCUGCCUCCACGCAGCCAGGGAAGCCCACAGCAGGGGGCUAGGCUCCUGCAGCGAGGCUGGCUUCACCUGCUCCGGGACAGGCUGCUGCGUCAGGCGAGUCCCAGGCUGUUAUGCGCUGGGGUGCCGGCAGGCCGCAACCCCGCUCCACGACAGCACCAUGCCCCCCUGCUACUGGAGCCCCACCGCGCCGCGCGGGGGGGUGUGGAUCUGCACCCCCAGCCCACACAGCUCCCCGGGGAACAGCCGGGGCCACUUCUGCAGGGCCGCCUUCGUCGGGAGCGGAGCCAACGACUCGGGGCCGGAGGUGUCCCCGUGCUGCCGCCACAUGGCGCCAGCCCCAGACGGAGGAAGAGGGGGCGAGACGGCGCUUCCCCACGGCGCGACACUCAGCUUUCCCCGCCUCACCUCCUCGGUCAGCGACACGCGGCUCGACGCCAGGCACCACGCGGCGCCGAGGUGCUACGGCGCGGCCCCGCCCGGCACGGAGGCCCGGAUGUCAGCGGAGGCGGCGACCAUGACCUCCCGCCAGGAGCUGAGGGACGCGGGGGUCCAGACGGGGCCCCCGGAGUCUCCGUCCCUUCACGUGUUCCCCAAAGUCAGCCUGGCAGGGGAAGAGGUGGCCGGGGAGGGGUUGGGGGAGGGCGAGGGGGAGGCUCCAGGGGCGGGGCAGACGUCGCCGGUGAAGGAGGUGAUGUGGGACGCGGAGGGCAUGACGUGGGAGGUGUACGGGGCGGCCGUGGACCCCCAGGAGCUGGGUGUGGCCAUCCAGAGACACCUGGAGCUGCAGAUCAAGGAGGUCGCAGCCGGACGGGCCCUGAAGCUCUCCCAGCGGGAUGCGGGGUCGUCCCAGCACGACGGCACUCGUAAGAAGAAGAGGAAUAUGAUGGCGUUGCUGAGGAAGCCAAUGUGCUGCAUCCGCCCCAGUACAACAGGGGACUGACGGGGUCAACUUUCAACCUGCAUCCUCAAGAACCUCCCGUGGUCUCCUAGCCUCUUCUGAUUUGGCGCCACCAAUGGAUCGCCGGGCAGGAUGAUGUCAUGGUCACAUGAUACACAUAACUGAAGGAACGCAUCAUCACACUCUGCUCAUACAGCUUCUUGUUUUGUUGCCAAACCAAAUGACAGGCCGACCAACAGAUCGCCGCCAUCCUUCUACCGUACAUCUGUGCUUCUCCUUCAAAUCCAUGGUUUCAGCAGGUUUCAACGAACUGCAUCGAUGCUGGAUUUUAGAUACUCCUGACCCAAGAAUGUAUAAAAAUGUACACAUACACAUAUUACAGGCCAUUCUGAGGAUAGUUGGAAUCAUUUGGAAAAGCAGUUUGUUGAGAGAUGGAGAAUUAUGGUUUCAAAUGUCAUCGUAACAAGUAGUGGACUUUUAUCACGUCAUUAAAGCGUUUAAUUUAUUCCACCUUUUCCAAGCUCACUUCAAUUAUUUUUAAGUGACUAAUUUGAGGAGUCAUUCACUCAUCCUUUUACAGUGUUAAAGCUCUACUGCUGUUUUCGAGCCUUACUGCCAUGAAUGUCCUCUGCUUUAAGAUAACUGUCCGAUCCACUCUAAAGAGUAAUUUUAAUCUGACGCAGGGCAUAGUGUUAAAAAUGGGCUGUUUUUCUUUUGUCAUGAACAGUGACAAGUUUUUUUUUAACUGUUUGCCAACCAAUAAAACAUUAUUUUGCUUGA